GGGAUUUAUUUGGGAUUUAUUUGGCGCCCUCUGGCGGUUCCCCCCCCAAAUCUCGCCGAGCCCCGUUCCCGCCCAACUCUCGCGAGAACUCGCGCGCGGCCCGGGCCGGGGCUGAGGCCGCACCGCCGCUCCGCCGCCAUCGCCGCCGCCUCCCCCAAUUCGCCUUCCACCGCUCCCACCGGCACCGGAACCGGCACCGGCACCGCCGGCGGAGGCGGAACCGGCGGCAGAACCGGCGGCAGAACCGGCCCCGGCCCGGCAGCCGCCAUGGAGGCGAGCGCGGCCAAGCGGAAGGAGCCGCGCAAGGCGCUGCGGGUUAAAGUCAUCUCCAUGGGCAACGCCGAGGUGGGCAAGAGCUGCAUCAUCAAGCGGUACUGCGAGAAGAGGUUCGUGCCCAAGUACCUGGCCACCAUCGGCAUCGACUACGGAGUCACCAAGGUGCAGAUCCGGGACCGGGAGAUCAAAGUGAACAUUUUCGACAUGGCCGGACACCCCUUCUUCUACGAGGUGCGGAACGAGUUUUACCGGGACACGCAGGGGGUGCUGCUGGUGUACGACGUGGGCUCCAAGGACUCCUUCGAGGCGCUGGACUCGUGGCUGGCCGAGAUGCGCCGCGAGCUCGGGCCCCAGGGCAGCCUCGACAGCGUCGUCGUCGCCGUCUGCGCCAACAAGGUGGACGCGGGGAAGCUGCGGGUGGUGGACGAGAGCGAGGGGCGGCUCUGGGCCGAGAGCCGCGGGUUCCUCUACUGGGAGACAUCGGCCCAGAGCGGGGAGGGCAUCCAGGAGAUGUUCCAGAAUUUCUACUCGGCCAUCGUGGAGCUGUGCGAGAACGGCGGGAAGCGUCCGGCGGGCGGCUCCGGAGUCGGAUUCACGCGGGAACAGGCGGACGCGAUCCGACGGAUCCGCGCCAGCAAGGACAGCUGGGACGUGCUCGGCCUCAAACCCGGCGCCUCCAGGGAGGAGGUGACGCGCGCCUACCGCCGCCUGGCCGUGCUGCUGCACCCCGACAAGUGUCCGGCUCCGGGCAGCGAGGACGCCUUCAAGGCCCUGGGCAGCGCCCGUGCCGCGCUGCUCCGGAACCUUCCGUAGCCAUUCCCACCCGGAAUUCCGGCCCAAUCCCCAGCCGGAUCCAGAGGAGUGGGAAUCACGAGGUUUUGGGGGGUUAGUCCUGGUUUUUUGGGGGUUAUUCCCAUUUUUUUGAGAAUUUUUUUU